AUGUAAGUACUUUAGUGGGAUGAAGAACUUGCUAAGGCAGCUUAAUAAUAAGCAAGAUAAUAUGUAAAUAGUUAUGUCCCAGAUGAUAGUUAUAAUAGGUAUGCAGUUAUUAUGUAAUCGAAUUUCAAUAGAGUAGGAUGCGGAAUUUCAACUACAAGCACUCCAUAUGCAGAUGAUGGCUUUACUUAGCUACUUAUAUGCAAUUUUUAAGGUGUUUUACCUGAUGGAAAUAAAGAUAGUAAUUUAGCUGCUAAUUUAGGUUAAUAAGUUUAUUAAAUCGGUUAACCAUGUGCUAGAUGUAAUCCUUAUUAAUGUAGCACUAUUUAUACGAGUUUAUGUGGAGAAGUGUUAUUAAUUGAUGGAAAGGUUGAUACUGAAUCAAAAUUUGAAGAUCCCGCAAUAUUGCCAAAACCUUUAGUUUAAUCAACAAGAGAAACAAGUUUUCCUGAUUUACUAAUUGAAACAGAUUCUAUAAGAUAAGUUACAAAUUCAUGGAUCUAAUCUACAAAAACUAAACUUAUUUUUUCACAUAAUUUAGUUGAAAAUUUUGAUACGAUAAAUACAAUUUUAGAUAAUGUAAAAUAAACUGAUGUUCCUUAAUUUGUUAAGUCAUCAGUAAAAGAAGUACCAAACUAAUCUCCUGGUAAAGAAACUGUGAUUUUCCCCUUAAUUAACAUAUAAUCAGGGUUAUUUUUUAAAAAAAAUAUAUAUUUUUAAAUAUUUUAUUAUAUAAUUUUUUAAAAUAGAAAUGCCAGAAAUGUUUAUUAAACUUAUAGAUUUACUACAUAAAUUAUUUAAGUAUCUAAAUUUGAACCUAAUAUAUAAAAAGAGACUCCUAGAGAAGUUUAUGCUGAAUUUACAUAAGAUGCAGCCUUAUAAUUUAAAGAUCCUUAAACAUUAGCUGUAAUGCAAGUUGUUUAUGCAGAUAGAAACAGUGUUUCAAUAACAUCAAGUUACCAAAGAUUUUAUGGGCCUUAUUUAGAUCCUAUUGAUAUAAUAAAAUCCUCUAAUAAUAAAUAAAUGACAAGUGCAAUUGUAGAAGAAGCUAUACCUACUUAAAAUUCUAAUGGAAUAAAAACUAUUUUAUCAAUUAUAUUAUUAUAUAUCAUCAAUAUUAUAGUUAUCUGAGAAGAUUAAAAUAAAAAAAAUAUAUAUAUUUUAAAAGAAUGAAUGUUAAUGUUUUAUUACAAAAUUUUAUAAUAAAAUUAUUAUUUAAAAUAAU